UUAGUUUGGGAAACAUUACAAGCCUGAGGUAACAGUAACAAUAACAACUAUUUGCUAGAGUAAAGCACUUGCAUUUAAUGAACCUUAACUUACAACAUGGGUGUGUUUACAAAGGACAACACUCAUCAAGCAGAGCAGAGCUUACAGCCACCCGACACGAUGAACGGCACCCCGCCUUCCCCCCCGCCCCGCCCAGCUACACUGCUGACGUCGGGCGGGGCGGUGGCAGCAGCCAUGGCGGCCUCCGUGGUUCCGGAGACGGACAGCAUCCGCAGGGCCGUGCUGCUGCUCAACGCCGUGGACCCGGGCCGCUUCCCGAGGCUGCUGUCCCGCCUGCUGCAGAGGCUGCAUCUGAAGGCUGAAAGCAGCUUCAGUGAAGAGGAAGAAGAAAAGCUUCAAAUAGCUUUUUCACUGGAAAAGCAGGAUCUUCAUCUAGUUCUCGAGGCCAUAUCAUUCAUUUUGGAACAGGCUGUUUAUCACAAUUUGAAGCCUGCUUCACUGCAACAACAGCUGCAGAGCAUUCACCUGGACCAGGACAAAGCUGAGGCAUUUGCCAGUGCAUGGGCAGCUGCAGGUCAAGAGACAAUUGAAAAGUUCAGACAGAGGGUUUUGACCCCUCAGAAGCUUGAAACAAUUGGUUGGCAGCUUGAUCUUCAAAUGUCUGCAUCUGUGCAAGCAAAGCUGAAAUCUCCUCGAGCUGUGCUAGAGCUGGGUGUGAGCAAUGAAGAUUCAAAGAACCUGAAGAAAGUGUUUGUGGAAUUUAGUCACCAGGAGCUGUUUGAGUUCUAUAACAAGCUGGAAACUAUACAGGCACAGCUGGAUUCCCUUACGUGAUGUUUCUGAAGACUUAUUUCUCCACCACACUCCUGCCACCUCAUUAUUUUGAAUUGAAGAUAGAUUGCCAAGCUGUGUUUACUGAAGGAUUCAGCGGAUUGCUUCCUGUAAAAUUAUAUGGCUUAUCUCCUUUUAAAGCGGUAACAUUAGCCGAGAUAAAUCAUUGUUAAGAUUGUAAUGGACAUUCUUUUGUUUUCUGAGCAAUUAUAAAAAGUGGCUUUACUUACAGAAGAAAGAAGAGAAUGCUGCCCUGUCUCACAGUUCUGCUGUUGUUCGUUGUUUGGUUGGUUGUUCUUUUUCUCUCUUAGAUGUGAUACAAAACAAAAACAAGAACUAUUUUUUACACAUAAAAACAAUGUAAAACUUUGGUAGUAACGGUAGUAAGAAAGUACACAGCUGAUAAAAUCUCUGUCCUUUUGAACUGUUAUUCUCACAGGAGGUAAUGCUUACUGCAACUUUGUGAAAAUAAAUGUUAAAUCUACAAAUGGA